GAUUCCGCAACUGUAUAUAUAUUAUUAUUAUAUAUAUAUAUAUAUAUAGGCCACUGAUAUGCAGCGAGCAAACCUGAAACAGUUUGCUGAUGUUUUGCUGGUCUGCAAAGUUUGCAGGGAGCCAUUUGAAAAUUCAUCUGCACUGCUGGAUCAUGUAGAUAAAAUGCAUUUGCAGCUUCCGGUACAAGUGCCAGGAUCAUCACCUAUGAGGGUUCUAAAGACAUAUACACGUAACAAAAAACCACUUGAAGUGAUUGAAAGUACUACUAGCUUGAACAUGAGCAAAUCUAAAACAGAAACUGUCCCACCAGCACAGCUGCAGUCAACGCCAACUGGUGGUACAUCGGUGUUCAAGCAGCCACUGGUUUCUUUGCUUAGAAUUCAAACCCCCAGUGAUCAGGUACCAACAGCUGCUGCCCAAGCUACCGGUGCAUCUUCCAGUCUUUCACAGGUGGUGCCAUCUACUGAUUUGAAAUGCAUACCUACUGCUGUGCCACCGGCAAGAAAUCUGCUGUUUCAGGCUGAAAUAGAAAAUAAAGCAUUGUUAAAUGCAGUUGACAGUGACGACAUCUCUGAGGAAGGAAAAACUGAAGUUAAUUUAGUGGAAGAACAUGAUGAUUCAAAUGAAAAGCAAGCCAAGCUAUUAAUCAAUCGGUACAAAGUUGAAAGCAACGGCUUACAGCAGAUCUCAAAAGGUCAUGGAUAUCUUUAG